ACGGGAACCGCGUGCCAAGACAGAAAGGGCGGGUGCUUGAGACGGACGAGACGGUCAGCGUCUGAUACCACGUACUCGUCAAUUGCGAAACCGCCUGCGCAGUCGUGUACGGAUCUCGGAACAAUGCAAUCAUGCUCGACGUCGGACGUGCGCAGCCCUCCGCAAGCCUUUGAUGCCGCCCGUGGAGGGAGAGGAGCGAUUAGUCGACUCGGGGCCAUUAUGGCUCGUUCUUGGAUAUAAAUCCAUCGACAUUGCUGGGCCAUCUACUCAAUCCUCAGGCCUCUCCGCCUCCUCGCAGCCCAUCGGAACCAGUCGUGUCCUCGAGAGUCGACGGCCGAGCUCAGCAUGUCGCUCCUCCGCAAGGUCCUCCACAAGAACAGCGAGUCGAGCGGGUUCGACGCGCCCAAGGCCCUCACCUCCCGCGCGGGCGUGAAGGCCUACGCCGCCUCCGUCAAGUCCUCCGCCGGUGGCACCAUCCGCUCCGUGCGCUCCGUCGCCGAGUCCGUCUCCAGCUUCUACACCGCCCUCACCGGCGGCACGCGCGUCCCCAAGCGCCGCCGCCCCGACGUCUCCCGCCUCGGCGCGCCCAAGUUCUACAAGCGCGAUCCGAAGCCGCCCCCCGACGCGCCGGGCGCCAAGGUCGUGGACGCGGCGACGGCGGGCCCGCUCACGGCCGCGCACGGCAUGUCGUUCGCGACGCCCGGGACGGAUAAGGCCUGGUGCUCCGUCGUGCUGUAUAGCCACGCGAAGGUGACGGACCCGUAUCCGGUGUACCAUGCCAGAGCGACGGUCCAGGGCGAACUGCGACUGAAGAUCGACGAGCCCGCGCGCAUCGCCUCGAUAGACGUCUGGCUUGUCGCAAGCAGCGCGUCCGUAUUUGACCUCGCGCUACCUCCGUUCAUCAACGCCCGCGCAAACUUGUGGAAGCGAGAAGACGGCGAUCCAAUCACGCCUUCUGUGAACGAAGGGCGCGGGCCGACGUUCAAGGGGACCUUCCCCCAAGGAACCUACGUCUUCCCCUUUGAGUUUCCCGCUCUCCCUCGAGACGUAGAACAAGACCAGCAGGACCACCGCGUCAACCAGCCCAAAAAGACGCGUCUGCUGUUACCGCCCACUCACGCGAUCAACUCCAACAUCGGCGGUGUCGGCAAAGCCACCGGGCACAUACGGUACGUCCUAGUGACUAUUACUACACAGACGCGUCCUAGGCUCGUGACCGCGAACCCGUGUUUCCCCCCCUCGCUCCAGGUACCAAGUGGGAGUCAACAUCCGCCGCGACGGCCUUACAGACAUGAACGAAGACUGGUUCUUCCCGAUCAAGUAUCUACCCCGCGCGCGCCCGAUCCCGCGCCAACCGACGCCGUUCCCGUUCCUGCCCACCAAGGAGGACUGGCCCUUCUCCCGCGAAGAGGUGGGCGGUUGGACGCUCUCGCCGUUCGGCGGACGCGGUCGGUUCCGCGACGCGAUGGUCGAAGUGGAGGGCAUCGUAAGAUCGACCCCAUAUUCCUCUCUCGGCACCAUCAUAUUUAUUAUCACCGAUCCCACCAAUCGGGGGUCUCUUUCCAGCUCGGGGUACAAGCCCCCGAAGUCUACGCCCCGGGCCAGACGCUCCGCUUCGGCCUCCUCCUCUGGUGCACGGACCGCGCCGCGCUCGACGCGCUCGCCCAUCCGGACUCGAUCCAGGUCCGGUUCCUGAAAGCGGUCCUGUUCGGCCUCGACGUGCUCGAGCCGCACCACUCGGCGCGCAAGAACCGCGCGCUGAAGCCCGUCGGCGAGCCCGGCCGGGUCUGGCGCGCGGACGAGGGCGACGCGGCGGCGGCGGCGGUUGCGGUCCGACAGCCCAAGGGUACAGGCGCCGCCCGAUCCCCGGCGCCGGCGGGACGCUCCCGGAUGGUCGAGUUGUACAGCGCGGCGGCGGACGAAACGGAAUCGGAUGACCUCACCGCUCUCACCGACGGCCCGUCCAUCUCCGCAUCGCGCGAACCUCCAUCCGCGGCCUCUAGCCCGCCCGCGCCCGCCUCCCCCUCCUCCUCGGAACGACCGCGCUCGCCCUCUCCCACACCCUCGUUCGAGGACGUCGACGACCCGGACGACGACGACGAGCCGAGCCACACCGUCCGGCUCGACGGCUCGGUCGUCAUCCCGGCCGACCUCCGCCCGCCGAGCUACAGGUGGAAGUACCAGGGGAUCGAGUACCUCCUCCACCUCACCGUCACCCACCCCGAGUACUCGCACGUCUCGCCCCGCGCGACGGGCAUCCUCGCCGAAGCCCCCGUCUGGCUCGUCACGGAUCCGCCGCUGACCGCUGCAGGCGGCGACGACGACCCCGACGCCUCGAGCGCCGGGCCGGUCGCGCUGGAGACGCUGCCCAAGACCGGCUCCGCGAUCCCGCUCCCUCCUGAUUGCGUUCGCAGGCCGAAGGUGAUAGGCGAGGCGACGAACCAGGAGCGGCCGAGCAAGUUUGGCAGUCGGGAUUGGUCUUACAUGUAAAUGUAAUCAAUACGGAGAGCACGAGGCGAUACGAUGACGAAAGUCGUGGGUGAGGGCUAGGCUAGAGGGAUGUUUAUGUACUGUAUAUUAACACAUAUUGAGAGCGCUGUAUUAGUAACGUUAACGACCGUGUCGGGCUACACAUAUAGGCGGAGGUAUGCGCUCUACUCGUCGGCAGCGGCAAAGGUGGAUUUCUUGGACCGCGAGCCCGACGCCUUCCUGGUCCCACCUCGUCCUCCGUUCGUCUUUCCACCGCGCGAGCCUUUGCCCCGCUUGCUGGACGAGGACGCCGUGGAGGAGGUCCGUCGCCCUGCUCCGCCACUUAUAGGGCAUGUAUUAGCGUAGUGACCUUCCAUGCCACACUUGCUGCACCUUCUUUGCCCCCUGGUUUGGGCAGUGCUCUUGACCCCACCAGGGCCAGGGCAAGCGUUGCUGUAAUGACCCUCCUCCCCGCACUUAAAG